AUGACGACCGCAUCGGCAAAACCAUUGUCCUCCGACGAGUACCCGCCAAUCCGCACUCAGAUCCUCGACCUACCCCUUUGCACCACGUCCGCGACAUGCAAAGGGCGCACCUUUAUCGUGACCGGCGCCAACACCGGGCUGGGCUAUGAGGCAGUCAAACACCUCAUCCUCGCCGGCGCAGCAAGAGUCAUAAUGGCCUGCAGGUCCACAGCCACGGGCGAAGCCGCCAAGGCCGAGAUCCUCUCCUCCAUCGCCGCCGACCCAUCGUCUUCCGCGGACAGCAAUGCAGCAGAGACGGAAUUGCAUGUUUGGCCCCUCGACCUCUCCUCCUACGCCUCUGUCAAAUCCUUCGCCGCCCGCGCAGAGGCCGAGCUCGAGCGCCUCGACGUGGUGAUCCAGAAUGCGGGCAUCGCGGCGUCCGACGGCGAGCUGAGACCCGAGGGCCACCGAAUCAACACCACGGUGAACGUCCUCGGCACGCUGCUGUUGGGACUGUUGCUACUGCCGCAGAUGGCCAGGACUGGCAAGGCAUACUACGCCGCUGGUGGAAGUGGCGACGGGGCGUUGAGGCCGCACAUGACUUUUGUGUCGAGCGGCGCUGGGUUCGAAGUCGGCCAGGCUGUCUGGGAGAGUGUCAAGGAGGAUCCGAUUGUUCGGCUUGACACGCUUGGUGUUGCUCCUAUGGUCUACCCUCAGAGCAAGAUACUCCUGAUCCAAGCGCUGCGCUUCUUCGCCUCGCGAGUCGCGCCCCUGGGCCGGACGGGCGUCGUUCUCAACGUGCUCAGCCCGGGCCUGUGCACUACGCAGCUCGACCGCUACGCGCCGCCCGCGUUCCGGGAGCAGAUCGCCAAGGACCGGCAGAGCUAUGGCCGCACGGCUGAGCAGGGGAGUCGCACUCUGCUGCACGGUGCGGUGGCGGGGCCGGAGAGCCACGGGAAGUAUCUGUCGGAUUGCAGGAUCGCGGAGGACAAGCUGCCUUCCUGGCUGGCCACCGAUGACGGUGAGCGAUCCUGGCAGGUCGUGGCGGAGGAGCUGGAGAAGGCUGUGCCUGGGUGCGUCGAGGCCGCCACCGCGCUGUGA